ACCAGAGUUCCUGACCCAGCCCAGGAGCAAACUCUCCGGAUCAAGUUCAGCCCGACAGCACAGGCGAAAAGGCUCCUCCUGCUCCCAGAGUGAAGAGCAGGGUAUCUUCAGACCAUCUCAGAAAGGGGAGAAAGAUGACUAUGACAGCUCACCAGUACCCUUCUUGGAUCUUCCUCAAUGAAAGGACGUUCAUAACCAGGGAACAACUUAAUUCUUUAUUGAAGACCUAUAACAAUUUUUAUGAGAACCAGAAACAUCUGCAUAUUUUAUAUGGACAGACUGAAGAUGGCAAACUAAUUGUUGAAGGAAUGCUGGACAUUUCCUGGGGAGUAAAACGACCUAUACAGCUGAAAAUACAAGAUGAGAGGCAAAUCCCUUCUUUUAGUAUGUUGAAGUCACCAGACAUAUUUUCCAGCAAAGGAAUGACACGCUGGGGGGAAUUUGAUGAUCUUUAUCGUAUCAGUGAACUGGACAAGACACAGAUUAUGGUGUAUGAAACAAGGAAUUCCCAGGAAGACUAUUUAUCUUAUCACAGCAGCACUUUGAAGCCACGUGCAGAUGAAGAUCAGGAAUCCCCAUUGCUCUAUAGAACCAUGAGUGAAGCAACCCUGGUGAGAAAACGGGUGAAGCCUCCAGUGAUGGACAGAAAAAGACAGAACCAUAGGGCCUCUAUUAAUGGACAUUUCUAUAACCAUGAAACAUCAAUUUUCACUCCAGCCUUUGGAUCAGAAACUAAGGUCAGAGUAAACAGUAACAUGAGAACUGAAGAAGUAAUAAAGCAACUUCUCCAAAAAUUUAAGAUUGAAAAUAGUCCCCAGGAUUUUGCUCUUUACAUUAUUUUUGCAACUGGAGAGCAGAGACGGCUAAAGAAGACAGACAUUCCACUACUGCAGAGGCUCCUACAGGGACCUUCCAAAAACAAUGCUCGCAUUUUCCUCAUGGAUAAAGAUGCAGAAGAAAUCAGCAGUGAUGUGGCUCAGUACAUUAACUUUCAUUUUUCCCUUUUGGAAUCCAUUCUUCAAAGAUUAAAUGAAGAAGAGAAAAGAGAGAUUCAAAGAACAGUAACAAAAUUCAAUAUGGAAAAGGCUAUUAUACUGAAAUGUCUUCAACGUAAACAGGUAGUAAAAACAGAGACGACAGUUUAGCACUAUAGGCCGCCAUUGCUGAAAUACUUCAGCAGAGUUACAGAGAUGUUACUAUUUGGUGAAUGCAUAAAUUCUGUACUUGCAUUCAUACAAAUAUAUAUGACCUUGAAUCUGUGGAAAGUUGAAUAUGAAAAAGAUUGUUUUCCUUUGGAGUGAUGAGGUUAAGAAGGGUUCACAGACUAAAAUGAGCUUAAAUUAGUUUCAGUAACUGAAAGAAGUUUGGAUACUGUGUAUUCCAAAUGUAUUUUAUAGUUAAACAUGUAAUGGACUUGAAUUUAAAUGGUGUCUUCAGAUAUCAUGCAGUUUAAAAUUCUUUUAACUUGAACUCUCAAGAGAACUGAAACAUCAUCAACUGGCUCAGAAAUGACUCAGAA